ACUUAAAGGAUUAUCGGGCCCGCGAUCUUAUCUGAUGCCACAUAUCUCAUCUGAUAAUUUUUCACGCUUUGUCUUAUUCAGCACGACCGUCUGGUGUGGAAAUGGCCACCGACAUCAAACAUCCUGUCGACAAGGAGGAUGUUUACGCGGUCGAAGACUCCGACCGAGCCGAGGUAGAUUCCCAAACCGAUGUACUACGGGCGGCAGGCAUCGGUAUCCACGAAGAUGAUCCAACAGAGCCCAUUUUGACUCUGCGGAUGUGGAUUCUCGGGAUUGGAUUUUGCAUCGUGGCCAGUGGGCUGAACACCUUGUAUACUCUCCGAAAGCCAUCCAUCACAAUUUCAUCCUCGGUGACACUGCUUCUGGCAUACCCGCUCGGGAAGCUGUGGGAAAAGACGAUCCCAAGCUGGGAUGUUAAUUUCGGCGUGUGGAAGUUCAAUCUGAAUCCGGGUCCAUUCAACCAGAAGGAGCACGUGUUGAUUUAUAUCAUGUCCAAUCUCAGCAUCUACGUGCGUCUAGGUGCAGACGUCUUGACCGAACAACAAAUGUUCUAUGGAUACAAGGCCGGAUGGGGGUUUCAGAUUUUGAUUACCCUUGGAACAUUCUUGGUCGGUUUUUGUUUGGCUGGGUUCUUCCGAUCAGUGGUCGUGACGCCCAAGGAGCUUCUUUGGCCCGGCGUGUUGAGUACAACGUCGCUCACGACCACGCUGCACAAUAUAGGCCAAGGGGAUCUGCAAGCAGUUAAGGAUACGUGGAAAAUGUCUCGCUAUGCAUUCUUCAGUUUGGCCUUUUGCAUCUCCUUUUGUUGGUACUGGUUUCCGGAUUUCAUCUUCCCGGCAUUGAGCUACUUCACCUUUCCUUGCUGGAUCAAUCCGAAAAGCACUGUGGUCAACCAAAUCUUUGGAAUGGAGACGGGCAUGGGAUUAUUGCCCAUCACAUUUGACUGGAGUCAAAUUUCCUAUGUUGGAUCACCGCUGUUGAUUCCGUCUUGGGCAAUCCUGAAUGUCUUUUCUGGAUUGGUCUUUUGGAUCUGGAUUGUGGCUGUUGCGUGCUAUUAUCGCAACGUAUGGUAUACGGGUUACCUGCCGUUCCAGAGCUCGUCGGUUUACGAUAACACCGGCGCUGUUUAUAAGGCCUCCAAGGUGGUCAGCAAGGCUACCGGUUACAAAUUUGAUCUUGCCAAGUACAAAGCCUAUUCACCGGUCUACAUGCCCAUUACUUACGCAUUGAACAUGUUUGGCCUAUCAUUCGCCACCCUGAGUUCCCUCCUCGUCUGGGUUCUUCUCGAAAAUCGAACCGACAUCACUGCAGGAGCCCGUCGGAUCCCCCAGGCAAUGCGGAAAUAUUUUUCCAAAGACAAGAGCAGAGAAGAAGAGUCCGAAUACCGUGAUGUCCCCGUCACAUGGUACCUUGCGGCGGCUGUAGUGGCGUUGUUCCUCUGCGUCUUCUCUGUUGAGUACUGGCAAGCUGAACUGCGAUGGUAUGGAGUUCUGCUGGCCUGCGCUGUUGCUCUGGUCUUCUACGGCCCGCUCGCCAUCGUAUACGCGACCUCCAACCUGAAAAUCAACAUCGACAUCUUCUGCCGGAUCGUUGCCGGAUUCGUAUUCGAGGGAAAGGUCUUGGCCAACAUCUGGUUCUUCGACAUCGGCUACAUCACCACCAUCAAGGGCCUCUACUUCGCCGAGGACAUGAAACUUUGCAACUACUGCAACAUCCCCCCCCGCAAAGUCUUCAUCGUGCAAUGCGUCGGCAUGCUCUUCGGCACCCUCAGCUCCAUCGGCGUCCUAAACUGGAGUCUCGACAACAUCCGCAACGUCUGCACCACCUCCGCCGUCAACAACUUCACCUGUCCCUUCUCCCGAACCAAAUUCAACACCAGCCUCAUCUGGGGCGCCAUCGGGCCCCGAAACUACUUCACCAAUAACAUCGGCUACAGCUCCCUCUUCUACUUCUUCAUCAUCGGCGCCGUCCUCCCUAUCCCAGUCUACAUUCUCAAGCGCCGCUACCCAACCUCCCUCUGGACUCGCGUCCACGUGCCCCUCUUCCUAGGCGGGCUGAAUUACCUUCCCCCCGCAACGGGGACUAGUUACGGUAGCUGGGCGCUUGUGGGCUUAUCGUUUGGGUAUGUUCUGCGUAGACGGGUGCAUCAGUGGUGGUAUAAAUAUAACUUUGUGUUGAGUUCGGCGCUGGAUUCGUCGGUUUCGAUUGCUGGGGUGGUCAUUUUCUUUGCGAUUUAUUUUAGUGGUGCGUCGAAGGGGUUUAGUUGGUGGGGGACCGAGGUUUAUAAGGAAACGUGUGAUUAUAAGGGGUGUGCGUAUUUGGAGGUGCCGGAGGGGGGGAAGUUUGGGAUUUGAGGAAUGAGGGAUGUUGAUUGCUUGGAUGGGAUGUUGUGUAUAUGUAGGGGGGUGAGGGGAGGGUGGUUGGUAAUGUUGAUGUGCGUGUAAAGAAGGGAAUUGUCUGGUGCCAGGGUGGGGGUAGGUUUACUUGGUAUUGGUAGGGUAAUAGAUGGUAGUGUGGAUACUGUACAUAGUUGUUUCUGGUCGUUA